AUGGGGUUUCUGGAAAACAUCGAUGCUCGCCUCGUGCUGGCGGCUGUCGCCGCUGUCAUCAGCGGCUGGGUGAGCUGGGUGGUCAUUGAAGACGUCAGGCUCCGACGGAAGUACCGAUUCCCCCCUCUCGUUCCUGGGCUACCCAUAGUUGGAAAUACAUUUCAAAUACCGAUGGUGGACCAAGGGCCAUACCUGCAGAAGCUGGGAGAGAAGUACGGCGAAAUACGAAAGCGCAUGGUCCUAAUGCCUUAUGGUGACCAAUGGCGGCAGCAACGAAAGUUGAUGCAUCAAGUUCUCAACUUAAGCCAGCAGUCCAUUUUCAAGCCGUUCCAAGACCUCGAAUCCAAAGCCCUGAUGUACGAGCUGUUAGUCCAACCGGAGAAAUGGUACCUGUCCUUCGGACGAUUCUCGAGCUCCGUGAUCCUAAGCGUCGUCUUUGGCCGCCGAACGAAUCACGGGGAUCCGACGUUUUUGAACAUCUUUAAAACGCAGGAAGAUUUCGUCCCAUAUACAAUGCCCGGCGCAUCCAUUGUGGAUUCGUUUCCCUUCCUUGCAAAUAUCCCAAUCUGGAAGAAGCUCCAACCUUGGAGAUGGAAGGGGGAUGAGAUUUACGAUAGAACCUUGAGUGUUUUCAGAGGACUUCUUGACGAACUUGAAAGGCGUCAAAAGGCCGGCACACAAAAGCCUUGUUUUAUGACCGAGCUUCUUGACUCCGAAUCUAAGGACAAAAACUUUACAAGGGAUGAGAUUGCCUUCAUCGCGGUCACUCUCUUAGAGGCUGGCAGCGAUACUACUCGGAACAGCCUUCUCGAGACCGUUGCAGGAACGGCCAUGUACCCCGACUGGAUUGAACGAGCACGAGCAGAACUCGACGAAGUUUGCGGUAAGAAUGCCGAGCGGCUUCCUACAUUUGACGACAUUGACAGGUUGCCGAUGAUCCGGGCCUCUGUCAAGGAAACCGUACGCUGGAGGCCAACAAACACGCAGACGGGUGUUCCCCAUGCGUUGACAAAAGAUGACGAGUUUGAGGGCUACAAGCUUCCUGCCGGCACGGUGGUGACCUGGAAUCACUGGGCAAUUUCUCACAGCUCGGGCGAAUACGACCAGCCAGAACGGUUUUAUCCCGACCGGUUUUUAGAUGAUGAUCUUGACAAAGUCGGAAAAGGUCAUCUAGGAUUUGGAGCCGGUCGGCGGGUGUGUGUCGGUCUGAAUGUUGCGGCGGGCAACCUCUUCAUCGCCAUUGCACGGAUGGUAUAUUGUUUCGACAUCGAACAGGAUCCGUCACACCCAGUGACUGUUGACAAACCGUUCCCGCUCACGGCUGUGGUUGAACCGUACAAGGUUAUCUUCAAACCGCGAAGUGAGGCACACAGGCGGCUGAUCAUGAGGGAAUGCCACGAGGCUGCAGAUAUUGACAUCAAGGCUUGA